AUGGAGUAUUUUCAGGCAUAUCUCGAAUGCUUCAUCAGCAAAGAAGAUGCUAUUUCACUGCUUGAAAUUGUGGACCAAUACUACCCACGGAUCAAUUACCACAUAAUAAACCAUGAUGGCACGUUUGAUCAUAUGAACGGUGAACCCACUACUCCCAUCGCUGUCACAUGGGGAGUUUUCCCGGGAGCUGAGAUUGCACAGCCUACCGUCGUAGAUCCAUUAGCAUUCCGCGCUUGGAAAGAUGAAGCCUAUGAUACUUGGAUCAAAAACUGGGCUAAUCUCUACCCAAAGGAUUCCCUCUCUAGGAAUGUUAUACAAAAAAUCCAUGACGAUUUCUGUCUCAUGAACGUUGUAGAUAACGAUUUCCAGAAACCUGUGAUAAUUUAUGAAAUCUUAGAGAAAAUGCUAGAGCGAACAAAACAGCGUAACUCUUCUGUUAAGGAGUGA